AUGUCAUCUGUGGGCGUUUGUCGGCAAUUCUGCUUGGGGGCUACCUACACCCCUUGUGGCACGGUCAAGCCGAUAGCGGACGAGUUUCACUAUGAAAUCGGGCGAUGUACGCUUCGUUGGCCUGGCAGAAUAAUCUACUGGAAUGCGUGGAUCUUGGUAGUUUUGGGGAUCCCCACAGCUACGGUCAUUGGGAAUGUGUAUGCCUAUCGGAUGGAUACAGUCAGCGAAUUUCGUCGAGACUUUGCAAACAUAUCAUGCAACUUGAAUCCAAAUUUGGGGCAUUUUUACGCUUUCUUUCCUGUACUGUUCGUUCUGUUGUUGGCCCAAUCCGUGUGUAUCAUCAUUGGAGCCAAGUUACGAUAUGCCACACCAAGCAGCUGUGUAUUGUUGCCACAGCUUACCUAUCUGACUGCACGUUUCUGGAUCACAUUGAAGUUGGCCUUCACACAUUGGUUCAUAUGGAUUCCCGCGUUCACCUCUGUCUUCUAUGCGUCGGUCGCUGCUUGGCACGUGUUUACCAUAUUCUCCACCUUACAAGCUAUCUAUAUCGCAGUCAAUUUCACAUUCAGCCGCCCGGUUCUCGACCUACUUCAUCAGUGGCACGAAGAUAAGUUGGAUGAGCUGAAGGCGGAACAUGCAAUCCUGUGUCGUCAAGCCAUUAAAUCCUUUGCAAAUUUGAACGAUCAUGCCUUGGUAAUGAGACACCAGGAUGACAACAGUGCAUCACAGUUUGUGCGCAUCGAGAGUGAGGUGAAAUCCUCUGCGUUAUAAAGGCUGCCAAACUACUGUUGGUUUGUAACCAGCACACGAUGAAGAUCGAACAACUCCCUGUGUAACCACACCAGAACAGUUGUUGUUGUUGUAAGACGCAGUUUGACAACUGACUAGUUGGCACCCGGUAUCCCGCAGAAAGUGUACCAUCAAUUCUUUGCAACCCCAGGUUUUAAGUCUUCUCUCUGAUUCUUCAAGGAAGUGUGCAAUUUUCUGUUGAAUAGCCGCCAGUUUUUGAGAUAUACAUAGGUAUUUU